GAAAAGCAUGUUCUACAGUUACCUCGACUAUACGCUAAACUUGAUUUAGAGAAAACAUGGAUUCUGCUUCGAAGUGGAAAAAUCUGCCAGCUGCCCCAUGUUUGAAACAUUUAACUGAUUCGGGAUUUGGCUCAGUGCCUGCGGAACAGCAUGCUGCGGUACAGGAGCUGACGAGAGCUCACAUUGAGUCGUUUGAUCACGCAGCUACAAAUGGGUUGUGUCGAGCGGUGCAGGCUAUACCUCCUCUGGAGAUGAUGUACAAAAACGAUCGGCUCACAUUUACAUUUGUCGAUGCUGCAGUGCACUCGCCAGGGGUACCAAAAGGAAGUAUUUGUAAAGAAACAAAAGUGUUCCCAGCAGAGUGCAGAGGGCGUAAAAGCACUUACAGAGGAAAGAUAAUGGCAGAUAUUAGCUGGUCUGUUAAUGGUAUUCCAAAGGGAAUUAUUAAGCAGUCCCUUGGUUAUGUGCCAAUCAUGGUGAAAUCGAAGCUCUGCAACCUACAUCGCCUUUCUCCAGAGGGCCUCAUUGAACAUCAUGAAGAAGCUGAGGAAAUGGGAGGAUAUUUCAUAAUAAAUGGAAUAGAGAAGGUAAUAAGAAUGUUGAUUAUGCCCCGAAGGAAUUUUCCUAUUGCAUUGGCAAGACCAAAGUGGAAGAGCAGAGGUCAAGGCUACACUCAGUAUGGUGUUUCAAUGCGUUGUGUAAGGGAUGAGCACACUGCUAUUAAUAUGAACCUGCAUUAUUUGGACAAUGGAACUGUAAAUGUUAAUUUCAUUUACAACAAAGAACUUUUUUUUAUUCCACUGGGUUUUGCACUCAAGGCUUUAGUUGACUUUACAGAUUAUCAGAUAUACCAAGAACUAAUCAAAGGAAGAGAGGACAAUUCCUUCUUUAGAAACUGUGUGACUGAAAUGCUGCGUAUGGUGAUGGAAGAAGGAUGUAUUACGAAGAAACAGGUUCUCAACUAUCUUGGUGAGAGAUUUAGAGUGAAGAUGAACUUGCCAGACUGGUCCACCAAUGAAGAGUGUGCAGAAAUCCUUUUAGAUCGGUGCGUUUGUAUUCACUUAAAAUUUAAUUCUGAAAAAUUCUAUCUUCUGUGCUUAAUGACACGGAAGUUGUUCACUUUUGCCAAGGAAGAAUGCAUGGAAGAAAACCCUGACAGUUUAAUGUGUCAAGAGGUCUUAACUCCUGGACAGCUCUACCUGAUGUUUUUAAAGGAGCGAAUGGAGGCUUGGCUUGUAUCUGUAAAAAUUGCUAUGGAGAAAAAGGUGCAGAAAACAGAUGUUCCUCUAACCUCAGAAGGACUCAUGAAAGUUUUUAAUAUGGGGAUGGAGGUUACUAGAGCCUUUGAAUAUCUUUUAGCAACGGGAAACCUUCGAUCUAAAACUGGCCUGGGAAUGCUGCAGGACUCUGGUCUGUGUGUAGUGGCUGACAAGCUGAACUUUAUUCGAUACUUAUCUCACUUUCGUUGCAUACAUCGAGGUGCUGCUUUUGCCAAGAUGAGGACCACUACAGUGCGGCGACUGCUGCCAGAGUCCUGGGGUUUUCUGUGUCCUGUUCAUACACCUGAUGGAGAACCUUGUGGUCUUAUGAAUCAUAUGUCUGCCACAUGUGAAAUUGUAUCUGAAUGUUUAGUUUCACCUACCAUAGCUGCUCUGCUCUGCUCACUUGGAGUUACCCCAGUAGAUGCCACUCCAUGUCAGCCUUACUCAGAAAGCUACCCUGUGGUUUUGGAUGGAAACAUGAUAGGCUGGGUUGAAAGAAAUUUCGCUCCUGCUGUGGCAAAUGCUUUGAGAAAAUUUAAGGUACUUAAGGAAAAGAAGAUCCCACCAGCAACUGAAAUUGUUCUUGUUCCAAUGACUGGAAAAGCUAGCAUUUACCCAGGACUUCUAAUCUUCACUACACCCUGCAGAAUGGUUCGACCAGUCCAGAAUUUACUACUGGGAAAAGAAGAACUGAUUGGCACUUUUGAACAGCUUUUCAUUGAUGUUGCAAUAACGCCAGAUGAAAUUGUUCCUGGAGUUACAUCUCAUCAAGAGCUGUUCCCACACAGCAUGCUUAGUGUUGUUGCCAAUUUCAUCCCAUUCUCCGACCAUAACCAGAGUCCCAGAAACAUGUACCAGUGUCAGAUGGGUAAACAAACUAUGGGUUUCCCUUUAUAUACAUACCUAGACCGGUCUGACAACAAGUUAUACCGUCUCCAAACACCUCAGAGUCCACUGGUGAGACCAUACAUGUAUGAUUAUUACAAUAUGGACAACUACCCCAUUGGGACAAAUGCGGUGGUAGCUGUUAUCUCUUACACGGGCUAUGAUAUGGAGGAUGCCAUGAUCGUGAAUAAAGCAUCCUGGGAGAGGGGUUUUGCUCAUGGCAGUGUUUAUAAGACCGAGUUGGUGGACCUUGACGAAAAGAUCAGAAAGGGCGAUGACUGCAUGGUUUUUGGCGUUAAGCCUAAUGAUCCAAGAAAAACUGAUAAAUUGGACGAUGAUGGACUUCCUUACAUUGGAGCUGUUAUAAACUAUGGCGAUCCGUAUUACAGCUACCUUAACCUUAAUACUGGAGAGAGUUUUAUUGUAUACUACAAGAGCAAAGAGAGCUGUGUUGUGGACAGCAUUAAAGUAUGCAGCAACGAAAGUGGCACUGGCAAAUUUAAACGUGUCUGCAUCACCACCAGAGUGCCCCGCAACCCAACCAUUGGUGACAAGUUUGCUAGCCGUCAUGGGCAAAAAGGUAUCCUUAGUCGACUGUGGCCCGCAGAGGAUAUGCCUUUUACAGAGAGUGGCAUGAUGCCCGAUAUCCUCUUCAAUCCUCAUGGCUUCCCAUCUCGUAUGACAAUCGGUAUGCUUAUCGAGAGCAUGGCAGGCAAGUCGGCAGCUUUACAUGGACUGAGUCAUGAUGCCACCCCUUUCACCUUCAGCGAGGAAAACUCAGCCCUAGACUAUUUUGGAAAGAUGAUGAAAGCAGCCGGGUACAACUUUUAUGGCACAGAACGGAUGUACAGUGGCAUCAGUGGUGUGGAAUUGGAGGCAGAUAUUUUCAUUGGCAUUGUAUAUUAUCAGCGUCUCCGUCACAUGGUCUCUGACAAAUUUCAGGUGAGGACUACUGGUGCAAGAGAUAAGGUCACAAACCAACCAGUUGGAGGAAGAAAUAUUCAGGGAGGCAUCCGAUUUGGGGAAAUGGAACGGGAUGCUCUUCUUGCACAUGGCACCUCCUUCCUACUCCAUGAUCGUCUUUUUAACUGCUCUGACCGCUCAGUAGCCCAUGUCUGUAUAGAAUGUGGAAGCCUGCUGUCUCCGUUAUUGGAGAAACCUCCACCUCACUGGUCAGCCACACGACACAGAAAAUAUAUCUGCACCCUCUGUAAGAAAAGUGAAUCUGUUGAUGUGGUGUCUGUACCUUAUGUUUUCCGUUAUUUUGUAGCUGAAUUGGCUGCAAUGAAUAUCAAAGUCAAACUUGACGUGAAAUAGAAAUUUAAACUGGUCAAGACUGAAAACGAACAUUUCAUUUGGAAUGAAUGGGAAUGGCUGUCAUUUUGUAUUUGGUUAAUUAAUUAGCGGAUUGAAUUUUUCACUUUUUCAAGUUGUUCAGCAUAUGAUAAUGGACUGUAAGUGCCAGUGUAUCCAGGAGAAGUUUUGCUCAACAGCUUUCAUGAAGAUAUGUGCCUUGAAAUUUGCAGGUACAGUAUGAAUAGUUACAUUUCCAUCAGGGUUACUUUAUUUAGUG